UCUGUGUCCGUCGUCCAUGUCGCUAUAAGCAACGUCGCCUACGACGACGACGACGACGAUGCCGGCUCUUGACGACUCCUGGCAGAGCUCAGACGGUGUGCUCAGUCUCGCCGUCAUCCUCGAGGCCCUCGGCACAUCGCCCGACCAUGGCGCGACCCUCAGCUUCUCGCGCAUGAAUCUCUCCGAGGUUCCCGCAAACGCAGCGCUUGAGCUCGCAGAGCUCGGCGCCGACAGCAACUCCGACCAGCACCCAGUCGAACGGCUCGCCCUCGGCUACAACAAGCUCAGCGCCCUGCCCUCCCAAUUCGUCAAGCUCACGCAGCUGCGCUAUCUGAACCUGCGUAGUAAUAGCUUCACCGAGUUCCCGCGCGUGCUCACCACCAUGAUCGCACUCGACACGCUGGACGUUAGCCACAACAAGAUCAAGCGCCUUCCAGAUGAGCCCGGGGAGCUCGUGCAUCUUCGCGUGUUCUGCUUGUCGAAGAACAAGUUGACGAAGCUACCACAUUAUAUGACGCAGAUGAGCAAGCUUGAGGUGCUCAAGGUCGACAAGAACCCAAUCACUUAUCCGCCAAAGCAUGUGCUCGAACCUGGCGAAGGAGCGACCGGGCAAGACAUGGUCGACUGGGUCGAGUCGGUGCAGCGGUUCCUGUUUGCGGAUUCGCCGCGCAAGGCGAGCGUGGACAGUGCAAGCACAAGCAGCACAGACCUCCUCGACGACUCCCGGGACUCGUUGCAGGAUACCAUUGACGACACAUUUCAAGAGUGGUCGCGCUUGCGGAAGGGGACAACCGACUUUGACGAUGGCAUCACGCCACAUGCGCGCUCCUUCUCAGUGGACUCCACACUAUCCGCAUCGUCAACUGAGUCCUUCCAAGAGGUUGAGCCUUCAACAUCGGCGCGCCUGCCUCCCCUUCAUCUCGGUAUAUUGCAGUCGCAAGACGCAGAACCAUCACCCACACGCUCUUUCUACCUACCCAGUCCUGCCGACUCUGUCACAUUCUUCGAGGACGAUGAGCCAUCAACCUCGAGCCUCAAGAGUCCACCUAGCAGCUCAGACGAUCACAACGCGCGCAAUAGAUCGUUUGCCGAAGGUGUCAAGGCUGCUACGAACGGCUCAGACUUCCGCCUGAAGCAGGCGCUACCUGACCUCAGUACGGCGAGAUUGAAUUUCACCAAGAAGCAAUCCCAAGACGUAAACCACACAGCCAGGAAACCGUCUUAUGGGCUGGACGAUUAUUCCAUGCCCUCGCCGGUGUCCACUCGCAAGGACUCAAGUUCGUCGCUCAGCUCGACGUCUCGAAUAGUGCGCCCAUUCACGCGCGACCGGCCACCACCCUCACCGCCACGAGCAAUUCCGUCCAUGGCGUUUGAGCGCAACUCCUACUUCAGACGAUUAUCAUCCUUACCCAAGGCCGCCAUCACCCGGUCUCUACCUCAACCGCUUGUCUGCCUUAUGGACUGCGCGCGAAGUAUCUUGUUUGCCGUGGUGCAGAUCCACCUCGCCUUGGACCGAUACACGACGUUCCCCAUUGACGAGCGGUUAUCCUCACUUCUCAAGAAAGUGGCCGAGCCCGCUCAGGCGGAGAUGAUGUCCCUCACCAGCGCUUUGGACCGCUUCGACGCGCUCAGCCGGAAAUCCCAACCACCACCGGCAGUGUGUCGCGGUGUUGUGGAGAGCUGCAGGGACACUGUGUCAGCGUUCGGACGCGUUGUUGGCGUCCUCCCACUGCAGCUCAAGGUCAUCAACACGGACGACGUGCGAUUCUUGCGCUCAAUGCUGUUGACCCUGUACGGCGCGACAGCCGAGAUCUCGACGGCGUGGCAAACAUUGUCGUCGCAGAUGGACGCAAUUCGGCCACUACUGAGGGUGCGCAGGCAUCACGCGGGCGCGGCAUCCGAGGCAUCGUCGAGCAGCGGGCCAUUGCCAUUCCACUAUCCGUCAAAGCCAGUCCGGCCAGGACCUCCUUUGCGAACGCACACAGGGAGCUCGACGUCGUCGAACGGUGUUAGUAGACACCCAUCACGGAGACACGCAGGGUCGUUCAGCUACAAGGACGUGGAGCUAGGGAGGGCGCUACCGUCCGUUGAUAUACCGCUACCUAGUGGCUCGCGAACGCCAGUACCGAGAGGCAAGCGGCCACCUGUGACGCCUCAGAUGAACGGCAGCACACCAUCGCUCAGCAGUCCCUUCCCCACGUCGCCUUUUGGUUCGGAUACCAACCGCGCGCACUCGCGGCAGGCGUCGCAAACCUCAACGCACGCGUCCUCGCGAUCACCAUCCUCAUCGCCCGUCGCGGCGGAGAAGACGUCGUUUUUCGACCUGCCCUCAUCGGCGAAGAACCAGGUGGACAAGGAAGCGGUUCAGGCGGUCAAGCUUGCGGUGGAUAUCGCGCCGGGCGUUUGGGACACGAUGGAGGAUUUGUUGGCGGACGUGCUGAGCGAGAAGCACGACGUGCGGGAGAGCCUCGAUAAGGCGAGGCUGGUGACGAAGCGACUGGUCGAGCUGAUAGGCCUGGUGCAAGACGGCGACUCAACGUCGGAUAAAAGGGCGCUGCGCGAGGACGCGCAUACGUUCUUGAAGACGGUCGUUCAGCUCUCCAACAUGAUCAAGAUGUACGGCGGCCCGCACGCGCGGUCGGGCACGCUGCGCGCCAAGAUGGUCCAGCUCACGAACGCGACGACCGAGUUUGCGAUCCUCCUACACGUCUCCUCCCUCCCCACGCCCUCGAACAAUGGCAGCACCUCGCAGACGCCGAGUCAAACCCGUCUCUACUCCCCCAUGGCCACGCCCGCGUCUACCUCUGCAUCCGCCGCCCAGACCAGCUUCUUGGGGCAGCAGACGAGUUUUCUUGGCCUACCUGAGGAGAACCGCCUUGGGUCGAGCCUGUCGAGGAGUAGGAGUGCGCAGGCGUCUGCGUCGGCGAAGUCAACGCCGAGCCCGGAGCCUCCAAGGAGCGCGCAGCCGACGAGCCAGACGUUUGGGCAUCCACGUCGUGCGCGGACGAGGGACGGGCGGCUCGAUUCGGGCGAGCCGGGGUAAGACCCAGUGGGGCACCGCGCCCCCUUCGUGGGUUUAACGUUAAGGCCUUUGUUGGUUUAGCGUCAAGCCCUUUGUGGGUUACGGCGCCCUUGACGCGGUCGUCGCUUAGAUUUGUGGCACCGCGUUUGUACUUUGCUUGUGCAUAAUCUUUACGUGCGCGUGCUUUCCCGCGUCCGUGUACGUACGUAUGUCCCAUCUUGCCUAAAGCUAUUAUGUCUCCUUCCUUGUCCAUGUCCCUUUCUCAUCUGUCGAAACAAUUGCCUAAUCCUCCCUGUCGAGUUGACCAUCUCUCAUCCUCGUCGAGAUCACCCUCUCUUCCCCUGUCGAGACCAUAAUCUCGUCCCUGUCGAAACACCCAUCUGUCGAUACAAUAUCAUCGGCUGCGUGCCCUUUCGCGCGCGCACUGCCCCUAACCCUCGUUUCUUUUUAUUCAAUCCGUUAUUAUGCGUGGUUUUCGUCGGUUCGGGAUCCUCUUAGUCACCCAUACCUCAUGGGUCUCCUCUCCUUGCGUGGCGUCAUAUACUGUAUUUACCCUCUACAUACUGCUAUCUAUCGCUUUCGCUCAUGCAAUGCGAGUCGGGGUCGAC